AUGGCUGCUAAUAAAGCAGAGGACCAGAAACCCUUAAAGCUGGAAGAGAAGCAGCUACUCACACCACCAAAGAUAUCUGUGCCCAAAAUAAACGUGGAAACAAGCAAGAAGAUGACUUCAAAUGGUUCGCCCAGGCUACAAAGAGCACUGACAAAACCAGCCAGUGCGAGGUGGAACUGUCUUUGCUCUCCUACCACUCAUGCGGGUUCGUUUAGGUGCCGGUUCCAUAGAACCCCAGGCAUGGUUCGUGGGGGUUCGGUUGGCUCAAAUCUCUCUGAGUUAGCUGCUAAAUCACACUCCAUUAGAGACUUGAUUUAG